UAUCCCUUUUCCACCGCUUCUUUUCAUCUGCUUCUAUCUAACCAGGCGUCAGGUAAAAGUUUAGCAGCUCAAAAAUAAUGGCGAGUUCGGAGGUUUUAAAGAGAGAAGAAGAUAUUCUUAUGAUGUGGUCCCGCUUUGAUAAUCCCAAGGGGGAAAAUGUGAAGUUUCCAGGUAUUUCCAUUGAGAAGAGGAUCGAGUGCCUUGAGAGCCUAGCACCAAAUGUCAGCAACCGAAGAUCUCGCAGAUGGUUGAAUGAUCGCUUGCUAAUGGAGUUGGUUCCACGUUUGAGUGCAAAUGAUAUUAGAAGCUUAUUUGCUCCACCACCAUGGGGUGAUGAUGUGCCACUCUCACCAUUUUGCUUGACAAAUGUUGGGGAGUGGGACAAAUUCAGGACUAUUGACAUGGAUAAAGAGGCUGCCAUUAUGAAGAGCAUGGAAUGUUCUGUGACAAAGAAGAAACACAGAAUAAAUAAUGAUAAGGUUGCAGUAUUAACAGCAUGGCAUAGAGUUGAUUGUCGAACAAGAGAGACACUUUGCCACAAAUUUCUCCCGGAGUUGAUAAAGACAUAUGAGGAUCGUAUCCGAGCUUUUAUCGAAGAAAAUGGUGAUGGAGAUGUUCUUUCACUAUAUGUUCAUGAUCCUUUUCAUCGGCUGUUAUUACAUGGCGUUUGUGAGUUCUACAAUCUAGUGUCUGUGACGGACAGACAAAUGGCUGGGUCUGAGAUAUACAAUGUGACGAAGAUAAAGAAGAAGAGAGGGUCCCCUGAACUUCCCAAUGUCACCCUUUACAACUUUCUGAAAAUGUCAAAAGAAGGGGUUUGGUGAUGCAUUACCUGGUAGUAAAUACUAAAAGACAACAAUAGAGGUAGUAGAAGUAGUCUUUACAUCGCUUUAGUAGAUUAACCCUCAUCGACCUGAUACCGGAAGUGAUAUUUUUCACCCGCAGUGUCUCUAUUACUAUUUAGUCAUUCAUUGUUUAUUACUGAUUGGGUAGGUUAUAUAUACGUUUCUAGAUAAUGUCUACCUUCUGUACUGUGCAAUCUGGAUAGCAACAGUGGUUUUAAACCUUAGUAGUGGAUGAUUCCUUGAUUUAUGAGACAAUAUAUUUGCUGCAAGAUUUGUUUACUCUGUUUACA